AUGUCGCCAAUCAAGGUAUACGCCCACAGGUGGUCCCAACCCUGCCGCGCUGUCAUCAUCUUCUGCAGGGUGAACAAGAUCGAUUUCGAGGAGGUCACGGUGGAUCUGUUCAAGUCUCAGAGCCUCACCCCUGAAUUCAAAAAGAUAAACCCAAUGGGACAAGUUCCAGCAAUAGUCGAUGGAAGGUUUAAACUUUUUGAAAGCCAUGCCAUUUUGAGGUAUCUUGCGUCGGUCUUCCCCGGAGUUGCAGAUCACUGGCCACGUCCAGAUGCUACAAAACAUGCAGAAAAAGUGCUGAUGCAAUCCCUGGCAAGGAUUGAAUCCGUAUGGCUGAAAGGUGACGCCAAGUUUUUACUGGGUAGUCCCCAGCCAUCAAUCGCAGAUCUAAGCCUUGUUUGUGAGAUAAUGCAAUUGGAGGCUCUUGGUGAUGAUAUGCGGAACAAAUUUCUGGGAGGUCAUGAGAGGAUCCUCACUUGGAUCGACAAUGUGAGGAAAACCACAAGUCCUCACUUUGACGAAGCCCACAUGUUCCUCUUCGAAGUGAAGGCACAAAUGCAAAGCAAGGCCGCUACUGCAGCAGCAAAACAGGGUGGUUCUGAGGCAAGCUCAAAGCUCAAAUUCGCAUCGAAGCUUUGA